AAAUCCCAAAAGAGAAAGAAAGCAACACAAAAGUUAAUCCAUAAUUUCUCUCUCUUUCUCUCUCCUUUGACUACUAUACUACACACCCCAUCUCAUCUUCCUCGUUUGCUCCUAUCAUUUCCUUUUCUCUCUCCUCAUCAGUAUAAAAGGAAACCAAAAAUGAGCGUCGAAAUCGGCGAAAUCGGCGCAAUUUGAAAAUUUUGAAGAGAGAGAAAAUCAAUGGAGGGAGGAUCGCUUGUUUCAAAGGCAAGGACAGCCUUUCAUUCCGCUGCUGCUAAAGCGGAGAGAGUUCUCAUUGAUUUAAAAUCCGAUCUUCGAGAUUCGGAUGAGUUUUGUAGACAGAGUUCUUCUGGUAGUCAAUUUGAGGAAGAUUUUUCGCCUUCUGAGGCUGAAAUAAAGGGUCUCAAUGAUUCAAAAAAAUCCCGAUGGAAGCCGCCUAAUAUAGGAACAAAGCAGGAAUGGCAUGAUAGAUUGAGGAAUAUUGGAAGAGGUAGAAAGGGAGCUGAAGACACAGAGAACGUUGAGAAUCUAAAGAUGUCCUUUCUUAUAUAUGAUGAAAAUAUUUAUCUCUACAAUGAAAAAGUUGCUGCGGAAGCAAAGGGUUUGGAGACAUCUUCACCUGCUGAUAGUUCAGAUGCCAACAACAGAGAUAUCAUCCCACCCGCAUCUGUGCUGAAGCAACUGGCUGUUGCCAUCGAAUCAGAAAAGAAUUAUAGGUCAGUAAAAGAAUUUCUGACAUCAUCUGCAAGCUCUUCCCCAGUUCGAGAAAGAGCAAGUUUGGGUAUCUCUGCCGUGAAGUCUUUAGUGCUCCGGGAGAAGGAGGAAAAGGUCCCUUCUGAGUUCAGUGACGAUGAAGCUUGGGCUUUGAUUCAGUACAUACUUGAUGCUGAAGGACUUACUCUUGGUAGGAAAGUUGGCUUUUCUGUUGAAAGUCUGCCUACCACGAUGGCGUUACCAAGAGAAAUUCGUGGUGCACCACCACAAAGCUUGAUUGUCAAAGUCUCAGAAGUCAUGGGAAGCUUUAAGACACUGCGGAAGAUGGCAUCAUUUUGGUGCAGGACUAUCGCUGAACUCAGAAGGCUUUGGUUGGAAGAGCAAUUUAUACCUGGCAUUCCUCUUGAAGAAGUACCAGAUUUGAGUUUGUGUCUGCUCUAUCAACAAAUGCAACUCAUGAAUUGCUGUCUUUCUAGGAAGAAACGUCGUGCUAUUGCUACCGACUCAUUGGAAACUUUAAUCAGCGAAGCUGGAUGUGAUGCUGAUGGAGUGCCUUCCUCAGUUGAAAAGAUAAUUUCAGGAUCUUUUCCAUAUGCCAAAACAAAUACUGGAGAUCUUGUUGUACGAUUGGGAGUCAGUCACCAGGCUGACACUUUGACAUUGUUGGAAACUGGAGAGCCUGUGUAUGCUCCCUUGACACAGGAAGGGCCAUUGCUUACUGAAGAUCUUGCCCGAGAAGCUGAAGAGUUUGUUCUCCAGACAGGGAGUGUUGGUGCUGGUUGUUCCCAGCUUCUCUCUGAUAUGCAAGCUUUCAAGGCUGCAAAUCCUGGAUGUAUUCUUGAAGACUUCGUAAGAUGGCACUCUCCUCCUGAUUGGACAGAAAACGAGUCUGGUAACGACUCUGAUGCAAGUACAGGUGGAGGUGAUUCAACAUCUUCCAGAGGUCGUUUAAGUAGACGUAUGCAGAAAGAAGGUAAUUUAUGGCGAGAACUCUGGGAAACUGCGAAACCUGUGCCUGCUGUUAGACAAGCACCACAAUUUGACGAGGAUUUGGCAGUGGAAGGUGUUCUGAGUGUACUAGAGGACAUUACUCCUUCUCAGCUAUUUGGCCAGCUGUUUCAGUCUUUGCUAGGUUUGGGAUUAGUGAUUGCUGAGGCUAAAGUUUCUACAGAUGAAAAUGUAGCAAAGUUGUUCUACGAGUGUAAAGAUUUUGUAGUUGCAUCAUGUCAAGGUGAUGCCUGGAUGGAAAAAAUCGAUGAUAUCUGCCAGGUUUAUGAAACAAUUGAGGCAAUGUUUGUUCGACCAAACGAUGUCAUGAAAGCAAUGAAACCGCCUGAAGAUACGAAUUCCUCCGCAGAGGAGCCAAAAUCCCGGUUUAAGAAGUUAUCCCAGGUAUUUGGCCGCAAAAAUAGGUCAAGGAAGUCAUCUUCAGAGGAGAGCAAUAGCGCUGAGGACAUUCCAACUGGUCGUCAGUCAUUUUCGAAUUUUUUCGAUAAUAAAUCAUCUCUGUUUUCAAAGAAGCCUCCUAAGCCUGAAAACACACAACCCUCAUCCAACAAAGAAAGUGUUGGCACAGAUGAAAAUGGUUGGACAGUUGUUUGAAGAAUUGCUUCUACUUACCCUCAACUGUAAAUUAGAUAGAGUUAUUAGUUAGAAGGAUUUCCCAAAAUAAUGCUGAAAAAAAAAAUCCCAAUUUAGUGUUCACCGAAACAUAUAUGCCACAAAGUGUCAUAGUAGACUUGAGAAAACUGUGUUGCAGUGACUUGAGAAAAUCUAGCUGACUUGCCAGAAGUCGAUAUAAUUCAACGACUUUCUCUUGGUGAUUGUCAAAAUGUAAUUAUUGCUCAACAAUGUUCUGUGACCAAUACUAAUUCACAAUCUCACCUCCAUCCAAAUUUCAUUGGUAACAUUGUAACUAUUUUUUGUGUUCAAAGUACAGAGCAUUACAGAAAUGGAAAUUCUUUUUGGUAUUCAACAA